GCGGCUGGAAUACGCCCUACGUAGGGUGCGCCCGUGUGGGUCCGGACGUCGUGGCUUCUUCUGGUCCUCAGGAUUUGAAUUAGAAGGGCAGCGUUGUAAUUGCAGAGAAAACGUUCGUUAUCAGUUAAAACGCUGCCGUCAAUGUGGAGGGCGGAGGGUAUUCAGGUAAUAUGCGAAACGAGGUAAAAUGCAGGUUAAUGGUUCGGGUGAUGGAGAAACAGCCACGGCCCCCUUUCAAAUGCAAAAAGAAACAGCGACGUCCUACUCCCAGCGGCCACAUAGUAUACCUGUUAGAGGAAAGAGGGAUCCCGGAAAGAGUAGGCAAAGAGUAGCCGUCAUCAUCGAUAAACAAUGGUGUAAAAUUUGUAGACGACUGCGAGGAGAUCGAUGAAGUGAAACAUCCGACGACAUUGUCCCUUGUAUCAGAUUUUGGAGGCGCUUAGAGGGUCGCUUGGAUCUGGAAGAAGGGUGAUUGUGAAGAACUUGUUGCAGGGAACUGGUUGUCCAGUUAUAUAAGACAAGCAAAGGUCGCCACUGAUCCAGUUUAAUUUUUUCAGGAGGAAGGUUGAUUGUGAAGAACUGAAACUGAAGGAAGCUUAUACGAGAAUUUUGAAGUAAGGGAUUUGGUGGUGUUGCUGCAAAUUGUUCAAGUGAGCUGAGGUGCUGAAACUGAUAGCACUCCAUAUCACAGACGGCUAACAUGGACACAGACGAAGGGGCCUUCGGUACAGUGACCAUAUUUAUCAUGAGUGUUUAUCAUCAGACGAUGAAUCAGAGGAUGAAAUUUCGAUUCGGUUUGGUAAAUGCACUAAGGUAACAGCGCGUACAAAGGAGGCAAAUGACAGUAUAAUACCUGGUGAAUCGGGUGAAUUGAGGAAAUCACCAGGCGUAGUUGAAGAGGAGGAAACAUUACCGGAGUGCGCUGUUGAAAGAAUAGAAUAUGUGAACCACACGGGGUCCGCACAGCUGAAUGGGAAGCACUUCGAAGACCUCACAAUGGAUGAUAUGAUGGGGGUAUACUUCCCAACUGUAGAAGAGGCAGAAAAGUUCUACUCGCUGUACUCACGAAUACUUGGUUUCAGCGUAAGGAGGGACAGAUUGCAGAAGGAAGGCAAUGGUUUGGUGGUAAGGAGGCAGUGGGUCUGUUCAAAACAAGGAUUGGCAAGUAUCAAGUGCAGGAAGCAAAAAGGUGUGGAUAAGAACAAAACUGCAAAGAAUGAGAAGAUUGGCGAGCAGAAAAAAUCAAGGAGGAACAUAAUACCGAGGGGAGUAAGAUACACAAGAGUUAACUGCCCGGUUUCAUUUAGUGUUCGAUAUUGCAAAGAUAAGGAGCUAUACCGCGUGACUAAGUUUGUACAGGAGCACAAUCAUGACCUUGCAAAGUCCCAUGAAGUUCAGUUCUUGCGGUCAAACUGUCGCGUGGAAGACAAAGAUGUUGCUCAGGUGCAGUGCCUGCGCCGCGCACAAGUCCACACUAGUAGGGCGUAUGAGCAACUGGUAGAGCAAGCCGGGGGACACGACGGUGUUGGCUUCUUGAUGAAGGAUCUGUACAACAAGAUUUAUGAGUUGAGGAAAAAUGCUGAGAUGGAUGGAGAUGCACAGGCUGCCAUCACUUGGAUGAACAUGAGGGGAAUGGAGUCAGAAGAGUUCUGCUGCAGGUACAGUUUGGAUGAAGAAGGCAGACUUGCCAAUCUGUUUUGGAGGGACUACCAAUCAUUUUUGGACUACAGCGCAUAUAGUGAUGUGGUCAUUAUGGACAGCACAUACAAGACAAAUUUGUACGGAAAGCCUCUUGUUGUAUUUGUUGGGUGCAAUAAUCACAGAGCUACAGUUGUUUUAGGGUUUGCCCUUAUACGGGAUGAGAGGGAGGAUACGUACACAUGGGUGUUCGAGAACUUCCUUGAGUCCAUGGAUUAUAAACAACCUUCAUCCAUCCUAACCGACGGCGAUGAGUCAAUCAGAAAGGUUGUUGAGCGAGUGAUGCCAAUAGCUCGGCACAGGUUAUGUGCAUGGCACAUUGGAAGAAACAUAUCGCAGAAUGUGAAGGAUGUUGCAGAUCAGAAAAGUCUUUCAAAAAUGAUUUAUUCCUCAAUGUGUGUCAGUGAAUGGGAGGCAGCUUGGCAGUCAAUUGUGGUUAGAAAUGGGUUGUCGGACAAUGCAUGGGUUAUAAGUUUGUAUAACAAACGGGAGAGGUGGGCAGAAGCAUUCUUCAGAGGGCACUUCUUCGGUGGAAUGUGCAGUACCCAGCGCGUCGAAGGCAUGCACGCAAAGCUGAAAAAGGAGAUUGGGAGGCACACUAGGUUAUGUGAAGUUAUGCCAAGAAUGGAGAGGACACUUGGCCGCAUCCGGAAUCGCGUACUGUAUGACAACUUCAGGUCUAAAAACGGUGCUCCAGUAUAUGAGACACACAUGAGGGGAAUAGAGGAAGACGCAUGUAGGCUGUUCACACACGACAUCUUUGUUAUGAUUAAGUCCCAAAUCUUGUUUGAGAGGAGGUUUGUUCUGGUGCAGAAAGUACCAUUUCCCAUUUCUGAUACAGUGAUGUUCUACCUUGCCCAAUAUGAUAGGCCUGAACGACGGUGGUGUGUUGAGUUCCAUUCAGACCCGACAAACCGAACAUGGCUGUGCUCCUGCAAACUUUUUGAAUCAGAUGGUAUUCCUUGUGGUCACAUUUUCUAUGUCUUGAAAGAUCAGCUUGUGUCAAGAUAUCCGGCUUGUUUGAUAACCAAACGUUGGACAAAGUGUGUCGGUGAUUCAACAGUUGCACCCAAAAUUAAGGUCCCCGAUCACGACAAGUCAGCUCAGGUGGCCAGGUAUUCUGCCUCAUAUCAGAAGUGUCCAAAGCGUGCCUAAAUUACUCAUUUUCAGAUGAAGGUUUCAGGGUAGGAAUGAAUGAAUUUGCAAGGCUAGUUCAAAGCUCAAGUGAGUUCAAGAUAGAUCCACCCAUGGACACAU